AUGGCCGCCGAAACAAAGGACUUUGAUGUCGUCCGAGUCGGCCGAAGCGACGGCGCUGAUUCCGGCCCGGGAUACUGGCCCGUGGCGGCGGCACCAGCAGUCAAUGCAGCUAAGAAAACGGGCAAGGAUGUCGCGCCCCCUAGAGCCAAGGCGCAGAUGGUUCGCCUCGACGAGGACGACCCGAGGUUUGUGGAGUGGAGGAUCAAGCUGGGCAUCUUGCUGAAACAAGAGCUUUCGCCCAACCCCGAAGAAGGCAACCCCUGGUAUGUCCAAUUCCCUCGGGGAUAUUGGUUGUACGAAAAGUCCAAACAUCUCUGGGUCUCGGGGUACCCCAUCAAGGCAAAGCUUUUCAAGACGCCGCAAGAGUUCGGCCUCCACCUGAUCUGGCUUCUGUCUUCCUCCAUGGACUACACCGACUGCUGCUGUAUUCACUGCAAUUUGCCCACUCUGGCCAAGAACCCCUCUGCAACCGACGCCGCCGCCCCUAUGCUGCCUGCCAGCGCUGCGCCCUCCAAGGUUCCAGUAGCACCACCCAAGGUGUCCCCUGUUCCCUUGCCGACUCCGGCUGGACAGCUACCAACGAAGCAAACGCCCGGCGGGCAAAGCUCACAACCCUCGCAACCAGCGCCGGUUUUGCAGAAUGCUACGGAGCCGGCCACGGCGGAGCCUACAGGCCCGGCGGCACAGGCACCUCCACAGCCCCAACCCCAGACCCAGGCUCCGUCCUUUAUCCCAGACCAAGCACAAGUGCCGACCCAGAGUCAAGCUCAGGCCCAGACCCAGGCCCUCCCACCGGCACCAGAGGCUCAGCCGCAAGCUCAACCACCAGUUCAACCAUCGGCGCAAGCGCAGGCUCAACCGCAGAACCAGUCUCGUCCGCCAGCCAUCAAGUGGUCUUUGCAAGCCCCCUUCCUCUUCCGCGCGGGCGAGCUGGUUUGGUACCAAAACGUAAACUCAUGGCGCCUCGGGGUGAUUGCGGCUCCCGGUAACGAAAGCUUUCAGCUGAUCCCCAUCGGCCACUCUGCGGCAAAGCAGCAAAACGUGACCAAGGUCUGCAAGGAGAUGCGGCCGUUUCACGCCUUUAGCGUCCCCGGCGUGAUGCUCCCGGAUCUUCAGAACAAGGUGUUUGAUCAAGUCCCCUGGGAGAACCUCUUUCUCCUGGCUGGACAAGACAGGGCGAAACGGAAUAACCUCAUCCUAGAUGCAUCCAAGAUGGCCGCGUCCAAGAUCGACGCGUCCUACUCUCUCUGGUGCCCCCUGUCCGAGGACGUGAGCGCCGACACGAUGCCCUUUUACGGCUGCUUCUUCGGAGCCGAACGAAUAGAAAUCGGCGACUGCGUGCGGGUCAGGCCGCUUGCUGGGGAUGGGGGCUCCCCCAACGACUCGUCUGUCCUUGGCUUGACCGGCAUCGUCGUGCGCAAGGGGAGCCCCGGAGCCGUCGUCUUCCGCGGCAACAUGUACCAAACGGCAAAGGAGGGCGAGGACUCACCGGGCGUCGUGCCGCUGGAGAACCUGCCCCUGGCCCUGCAGGACGAGACGCGGUGGCGGUGCCAGGUGAGUCCCGAACAGCAGUGGCGCUGGGUGCUCGCCAAGGAGAACGUGGUGCUGGAGGAGCAGGCCGUCAGGGGCCGCUUCUACCCGACGCAUCGGCUGAUGCCCAUCCUCAACGAAGCUGGCUUCAACGCCGCCGUGGCCGAAGGCAACGUCGAGAGCCAGUACCCGUUCCUAAACAACAGAAUGGACGGCUCAGGGGGCUACAUCGGGCACAAGGCCAACAGGCGAGAGACGCUGGGCGCCUCGGUGCCGGGCGACGCCAGGUUCGCGAUGGAGCCCCUCAUACGAGAGAUGGGGCGCCCCGCGAGCGGGUCUGAGUAG